AUGACGAGUAAAGGCGAGGAUUCAAAUCUAAAAGGUGCGAAGAUUCGGAAAGAAGACGUAAACAAAGUCGUAAUGGACUUUCUUGUGACUCACGGAUAUCUACAAGCUGCUCAGAAAUUCCAGAGCGAGUCUGAAACUAAGCCAGAAGUAGAUCUUGCAAGUGAGAGCAUCAUUGAUCGAGUUGCUGUUACCAAUGCUGUUCAAUGCGGAAAUGUCGUGGAUGCUAUUGAGAAACUGAAUGCUUUAAACCCUGAGAUACUGAGAGAGAAUCCAGAGCUAGAUUUUCGUCUUCAAGACCAAACUUUUAUUGAACUAAUCCGCCAUGGGAAAUUACAAGAGGCCAUUGAGUUUGGAAAGGAAAUGGCUAAACCGAUAAAAGAUAAUAGAAGAAUGCGUGAUAAGGAUGCCUAUACCGGCCGGUUUAAAGAGAAGCUUGACAUUUCAAACCGGUUUAAGCUAGCUAGCCAAGUAAAUGCAGUCAUUCUUACAAGCCAGAAUCUUGAAAAAGAUCCCAAACUUGAAAGCUUGUUGAAGAUGAAGGUCUGGUUUCAGGAAGAACUGAAUGAAACAAGAUUUGUGCCUGCGUAA